UAGUAGUGCUGUCAAACUCAGCUGUGCGCGUCAGUGCGCGUCGCUUCAUCCUCUGAAGAAGAUCAGUCCUCCGACUCUUCCUCGCUGCUGCUGCUGAUGAUGAUGAUGAUGUUUGUAUCCUGACUUCACCUCUACGUGUUGAUUCAUCGAUAGCUCUGAUUAUUGAUUAAGUUAUUGAUCAGUGAGGCCGAUUAGAAGCGGAAAGCACCGAGGAGCGACUCGACUGGACGAUCCAACUUCACCCUGAAGAAGAAUAUACUACGGUACCCGUAGUAUCAGUAGAUGGCAUCGUCUAAGAGCGGCGGCACCCUGCGGGACCUCCAGCUGGCGCUGCAGCUGAAGAUCGAGGAGCUCCGGCAGAGAGACUCCCUCAUCGAUGAGCUGGAGCUGGAGUUGGACGACAAGGACGACCUGAUCCGACAGCUGCAGGUAGAGCUGGACCGCCACCGCAACGCCUCGCAGCACGCCACCAACGCCGCCGAGACCGCACACACCGGAGCAGCGGUUCAGACGGCAGCAGCACCUGAUGAGCCUCAGCGCACUAAGAGACAGGCCAUCUCUGCAGAGCCCACAGCGCUGGACCCCUCACAGCUGACCGGGGUCACGCUCAAGAGCUACUGCAAAACCAAAGAGUCCAGUGAGCUGAUCCAGAGGGCUCUAAUGGACAAUGACUUCAUGAAACAUCUGGAACACGGACAGAUCAUCACCAUCAUGGACUGCAUGCAUCCCACCAGCCUGGCGAAGGGCUGCUGUGUGAUCCAGGAGGGAGACGACGGCUCCACCGUCUACGUUCUGGAGGAGGGGAUGGUCGAGGUGACGAAACAAGGAAAGACACUGUGCACCAUCGGUCAGGGAAAAGUGUUUGGAGAACUGGCCAUCCUGUACAACUGCACUCGCACAGCAACUGUAACAGCUCUGACCGACAUCAAGCUGUGGGCCAUCGACCGACAGGGUUUCCAGACCAUCAUGAUGAGGACCGGCCUCAUCAAACAUUCCCAGUACACAGACUUCCUCCGCAGCGUUCCCUCGUUCCAGUCGCUGCCGGAGGACGUUCUCAGUAAACUGGCAGAUGUUUUGGAGGAGACUCAUUACAGCGACUGUGAUUACAUCAUCCGUCAGGGAGCCACCGGAGACACAUUCUUCAUCAUCAGUGAAGGACAGGUGAAAGUGUCCCAGCAGAACUCACCUGGUGAGGAGCAGGUGAUCGUGAAGACGCUGUCUAAAGGGGACUGGUUUGGAGAGCAGGCUCUGAAAGGCGAGGACGUCCGUACGGCCAGCGUCACGGCGGAGGGAGACGUCACGUGUCUGGUCAUCGAUCGAGAGUCGUUCAAACAGCUGAUCGGAGGUCUGGAUGACGUCAAUAACAAGGAGUACGACAGCGACGAGGUCAAGGCAAAUGUUCAGGCAGAAGCAGAUUUCUUCUCCAGCGUGUCACUGAGUGAUUUCAACAUCAUCUGCACUCUGGGGAUGGGAGGCUUCAGUCGCGUGGAGCUGGUGCAACUAAAGAAUGACCCCAAUCGAUCGUUUGCCCUGAAAGUGUUGAAGAAACGCCACAUCAUGGACACCAGCCAGCAGGGCCACAUCCUGUCAGAGCGCCGCAUCAUGAUGGAGACUCACAGUCCAUUCAUCAUCAGGUUGUAUCGGACGUUCAGAGACUCUAAAUAUCUCUUCAUGCUGCUGGAGGCGUGUCUCGGAGGAGAGCUGUGGACGCUGCUGAGAGACAGGGGAUCGUUUGACGACGGCACCACUCGCUUCUACACCGGCUGCGUCAUCGAGGCACUGGCGUUCCUGCACUCCAGAGGGAUCAUCUACAGAGACCUGAAACCGGAGAACAUCAUCCUGGACCGCCAAGGAUACGCCAAGCUGGUGGACUUUGGCUUCGCUAAGAAAGUAGGUCUGGGUAAGAAGACGUGGACGUUUUGUGGGACUCCGGAGUACGUCGCCCCGGAGAUCAUCCUGAACAAAGGUCACGACAGCUCGGCCGACUGCUGGUCUCUGGGGAUACUGGUCUUUGAGCUGCUCAGUGGCAGUCCUCCGUUUUCAGGCUCUGACCCCAUGAAGACCUACAACGUCAUCCUGAGGGGCAUCGACAUGAUCGAGUUUCCCAAGAAGAUCACCAAGAGCGCCGCUAACCUCAUCAAACGCCUCUGCAGGGACAACCCGUCAGAGAGGCUCGGGAAUCAGAAGAAUGGAGCGAAGGACAUCCAGAAACACAAGUGGUUCGAAGGCUUCAACUGGGACGGCCUCCGCCAGGGAACCAUCGGCUCUCCGUUCACCCCCCCGGUGGACGGACCGCUGGACAACAGCAACUUUGACUAUUUCCCAGAGGACGUAGAAGACCCUCCUCCUGAUGAAGAGUCCGGCUGGGACCUCGAGUUUUAAGCGUGACGUGAUAAUCAUCUAAGAAACUGAACAGAAAAAACAUUCUUGCGAAAGAGGAAGUGAAGCCAUAUCAGAGAGCGUUUUACUCCUUAUCGGUGUUCACAUCGAAGCCGAAGAUCAAAACAGAGACGUGAAACACAUGAAGUGUUAUGACAGAGCAACAUGAGGACGUCGGAGCAUCAGUGGGACUGUUAAGAAAAUAUUAUUAAGAAUAAAAUCAAAAUAUUGAAAGGAAAAGAUCAUAAACUUGAAUAAAAAGUAAUAAUAUUACAAGACAAAAUUUGUAUAAUUAAAUCAUAAUUUAUGAGAAAACAUCGAGUCGUAAAAUAUAGACAAUUAAGUCGUACUAUUUCAAGAAAUAAUCAUAAUAUAUAGUCAUCAUUCUACAGGAAAAAAUCUAAAUGUUGAGAUUAAAGUACUAUUUUGAGAAAAAAAAGUCAUAAUAUCUUUUGAAUAAAGAUGUAAUUAUUACAAAAAACAUUCAUAUUUAGAGAAUAAAGUCAUAUGUCAAAGAUAAAGUCAUAAUUUUGCAAUGCAAAUCAUAAUAUGUGAAGAAUAAAGUCGUACAAUAUCAAGAAAAAAAAGCACAAAGUUGUAAUUUGUUAGAACAAAUUCGUAUUAUUUCAUGUAAAGAGUCAUAAUAUCUCAAAAACAAGUCGUAAUUUUACCAAAAUAAAAUAACAUAUCAUGAAUAAGGCUGUACUAUUUGGAGAAAAUACUAUUAUUGUUAUUAUAGUGCAACAUUAUGACGUCGGAGGAUCAGGGGUACUGUUAAUACAAAAAAUAAUUAAGAAUAAAAUCUAAAUAUUUAAAGCAAAAAGUCAUAAAUUUGAAUAAAAAGUCAUAAUAUUACGGAGUAUAAUAUCAGGGCUCAUAAAUAAGUAAAUUCAAUUUCAUAACUAUUUUACGAACGGCUGUGACUGAAUAGAAAAUAGUGAAGUUUCCCUUUAAGAGGAGAAUUAAAACAGGUUUUAGAAAAGUUCUGUUUGUGUGUUUGAAUAGUUGUUGUCAGUUUAAUCGUGUUUUUAAAAAGUAUAUUUUGAUAUUUUUGCACUGAAACCACGUGUUCAAACUCCAUUAUAGUUUAGUUUAGUUUGGACCUUCAGGGUUCGUCUCUCUCGACAGUAACACACUCCUCGUGGUGGUUUCAUGUACGUCACUGAAUCGUGUGUUUAUGACGACGUCACUGUGUCCAGUUUGAAUCAGGGAAUUAAAAGAUUAAAACACGGGUCUUUUUUCUGGUUCUGAAGCUUUACAAGGGACAAUAACUGUGUUUUCUUGUUUUUGUCUUGAAAUAGUUAAUCUAAUAAACAAGGAAACCAAACCAAACAA